GCUGUAUGGAAACAAGGCGGAGCCUCGAAUCGUAACCACGGCAAGUCUUGCAUCAAGUAUAAAGAGGAUAACGCUGCGUUCUCUUCCCGUGGCUGUGUUUACAUAAAUGAGAAGAAGAGAGGGCACUUUAGGGCAAACUACGACGUAACUUAUUGACACUCAUAACACAAACGAUUAUUUUUCUUGGAUGUAAAGAUUUACACGGCCGAGCAGUGGCAUGUAAAUCUGCUGCUUCACUAAUGAGCCAGCCUUCCAAAUGGAAAGGGGGCUUCGCUUUGGAAACGCGAGCAUUUCUCUGGCGCUCCUGCUCCUCAACGUGCUCGUCGGAAUCGGGACUCUGCACACUUUGGGCUCGGUCGUCGCCGACGGGAAGCCCCGGCUUGCCACAGGGGGCACGGGCGAUGGACACCGAGCGGUGAAGCUACGCCCGGCGGUGGCGGAUGUGACCGUGGAGGACGUCGCGGACAACGGGACGCCGAGCGCCGAAGACGAGGCGUCCUGCGGCGGAGAACGUCACGGAAGUUUCCCAAUGAGGAGGUCUCUGGUGAUCAUUAGCACCCUUGAUGGGCGCAUCUCUGCGCUGGACCCGCACAACCAGGGGCGCAAACAGUGGGACCUGGACGUCGGCUCAGGCUGCCUGGUGUCCUCCAGCCUCAGCAAACCUGAGGUGUUUGACAGCAAGAUGGUGAUCCCGUCUCUGGACGGCGCCUUGUUCCAGUGGAACCGCGAUCGUGAGAGUAUGGAGGCGGUGCCUUUCAGCGUGGAGUCCCUCCUAGAGUCGUCCUACCGCGUCGGAGAGGACACAGUCUUGGUCGGCGGCAAGUCGCUCACCACCUACGGCCUGGGCGCCUACAGCGGCAAGCUGCGCUACAUCUGCUCUGCGGUGGGCUGCAGCCACUGGGGUGCCGAAGAAACGGAAUGCGAAGACGUGCUCCUGCUUCAGAGGACCCAGAAGACCGUCCGAGCCAUCAGACCUCGCUCAGGAAUGGAGAAGUGGAACUUCAGCGUGGGAAACUUUGAGCUGAAACUCGUGCCAGAGGCGCAGUCAGCCAUCAGCUUCCUGGACGGAGAGAUGGCCAAUGGGAACUCCUGGUGGCGAGGGGAGCGUCCACAAAUAAUCACAGAGGAGUCCAAAGAGCAGGCGGACAACAAGAAGAACUACAACCUGGACUUGGUCAUCAAGGUGUCCGUCCCUGAUUGGAAGGUGAUGGCCUUCAGCACCGGGGCUGAUGGUCAGCUUGUCUGGGAACACCAGUUCUGCACUCCCAUUGCCUCCGCCUGGCUGGUGGGCGGUGGUAAAGUCACUCCCAUAAGCCUGUUUGACGACACGGCCUACAGCAACCAUUCGGAAACUGACGAGGAGGACGACGACGACGACGACAAUCCGGACGCAGCCAAGGAUGCUUCGGCAUCCAGCGUUUACCUGGGGAUGUUCCACGGGCAGCUCUACCUCCAGUCCUCCGUGAGGAUCACCGAGAAGUUUCCGUCUAAAGCCAUCGGGUCCGAGAAGGACAUCAUUCCGCUCCCCACCGUCAAAUGGAAGCCUCUCAUCCAGUCGCCGUCUCGGACUCCGGCCUUGGUCGGCUCGGACGAGUUUGACAAGUGUCUAAACAACGACAAGUUCUCCCAUGACGAGUACAGCAAUGGAGCCUUGUCCAUCCUGCAGUAUCCCUACGACAACGGCUACUUCAACAAGCGCUACCGGGGGAAGCGGGAUAGCGCGGUGAGUGUGAUCAAGAGAAGCGAGGCUCAGCCCGAGAGCGGCAGGAACAAAGACCCCGUGCUGCUCCUGCCCUGGUGGAAGGAGAUCCUGGGCACCAUAGUCUUCUGCAUCGCCGCCACCACCUACGUGGUGCGCAAGUUUUUUCACCCGUCGGCGUCCGUCAGCGGCAGGCAACGUAAAGAGUCCGAGACGCAGUGCCAGACUGACAAGACCGACCUCGAGGUCGUUGAAUCCAAAGAGCCGGACGCAGAGGGAACGCGCUCCAGCAAAUAUGUGUCCAGGUACCUGACAGACUUUGAGCCCGUGCAGUGCCUCGGCCGCGGGGGCUUUGGCGUGGUCUUUGAAGCGCGCAACAAAGUGGACGACUGCAACUACGCCAUCAAGAGGAUCCGACUGCCCAACAGGGAGGUGGCGCGUGAGAAGGUGAUGCGGGAGGUGAAGGCCUUGGCCAAGCUGGAGCACCCCGGCAUCAUCCGCUAUUUCAACGCAUGGCAGGAGAGCCCCCCCGAGGGCUGGCAGGAGAAGAUGGACUACAGGUGGCUGCAAGACCCCAGUGCCACCGAAUCGCCAAUGAGCUUUGUGGACCACAUGGAGGCGCUGUCCGUCAAAGUACCCGUGUCCAAUUCUGUGUUGCUGGGCGGCGGCUCGGGCGGCGGCCCUGCCGGCGGUCUGCCGGUGAAUGGGUACAAUCAUCACCAGGUCCUCAGCGGCUGCGACACCACAACAGGCUCGGGCCUGAACGGCGACCGGUCCUUCUACCCUAUUCUGGGCCACGGCAGCUUCGAGUCCGAACCGGACAGCCAGACCGAGCCAGACCGCCCCGACACACCCGACUCCUUUGAUCUAUGCCUGCCUCACCGGCCCAGUGACUGCACCUCGUCCUCUUUUGACAUCGUCUUUGAGGACUCGGGAUGUGACCGCGACGCCGGCGUUGAGGUGGAUGCCGAGGAGGACUCUGCCUCCGGUGCCACCCGUUCAGACCCAUCCGGCGUCGGGAGGACCGGUUUGUCUUCAUUGCACACCCGACAGCCUGAGAGCGGCCAGCCCUCCUCUUCUUCGCCACCUCGGCCCAACUCGCUGGCCCUGGCGCUAUCCCCAACUCCUGCUGGCCAACGUGUGCAGCCGUCUCCCAAGGUGUAUCUGUACAUCCAAAUGCAGCUGUGCCGCAAGGAGAACCUGAAGGACUGGAUGGCCCAGCGCUGCCUGCCCGAGCAGAGGGAGCACAACCAGUGUCUGGACAUUUUCCUCCAGAUUGCCGAAGCCGUUGACUUCCUGCACAGCAAGGGCCUUAUGCACCGGGACCUCAAGCCGUCCAACAUCUUCUUCACGGUGGACGAUGUGGUGAAGGUGGGCGACCUGGGCCUGGUGACCGCCAUGGAGCACGAGGAGGACGAGUGUGAGCAGUACGCCCUGACACCGGCGCCGCUCCUCACACGACACACGGGCCAGGUGGGGACCAAGCUCUACAUGAGCCCUGAGCAGCUUUCCGGGCAGUUGUACUCGCACAAAGUGGACAUUUACUCUUUGGGCCUGAUCCUGUUUGAGCUGCUCAACCCCUUUAGGACGCAGAUGGAAAGAGUGAGGACCUUGAUGGAGGUUCGAUCGUUGCGCUUCCCAGAGUCUUUCUCCAAAAACAACUUUCACGAGUUGAACAUGGUGCUUAGCAUGCUGUCGCUCAUCCCCGGCGACCGUCCCGAGGCGGCCGACAUCACCGGCCUGCCGCUCUUCCGGGACCUGGAGCUGCCGUGCCGGCUGGCCGUGGUGCGACAGCGCUCGCGCACGUACAGCACCUCGUCGACGGGGGGCGGGGGAGGAGGACUUACCUCGCGACAGCCCAGCGCCACCUGACGCACCCCCGCCAACACGACAGACGAGACGGCUUUUUUUUUUACACUACUGCUACUGAUUUCAGCCAAGUGCGCCUUGGAACAUGUUUUCCCUUCCUGUCACGCAUCAGUCUCGAAAUCUCAGGUACGACAAGCACGAGGAUAGACCUUCAGCCUUCAGCCACAUGCCUGAUUUGGAAGACCCCCCAAAAGAUAACAGAGACAUUAUUUUUUCUAAAUGUACGGUGGGUGGAGAAGAUCUGAAUUGCCUUUCGACUAAAUGAAUGGCCCAAGCCAGUGCUUUGACUACUACCACUCUGCUUUUUUUUUAAGACCCCGUUCACGCUGAGCUUGUAUCUGUACUUUCUGACAAGCUAUUUCCACAUUGUUAUUUGCCUAAUAGCAGUUUUCAGAAAAACUGACAGAAAAAUAUAACUAGAAAUGUCACUAUUCUGCCUGAAAGACCCUAAAUUGUUGUUUCUGACAUUUUUCUGGCAAAAUUGUGACUGUUUGCUCAUUCUUGUUGGCAGAGAGCCAAGUGCAGCUCGGUGUGAAAGGGUUCUUUCGGUCUUGUUUGCUGUUGGGUGUACAUAAGGCCACAUUCCAUUUUGAAGGAAAUUUGUAAAUAGGAGCAUAGCAGUCAGCAGGACAUUUCAGAAUGUCUCAGCGUGACCUCUGGAGGGUGGCGACGGCUUGCUUUUUGUAGUGACUGCUCGGCUCGCUCACUGCAGUUUUGUGGCCUGCGUCUACACGGUUGUUACUUUUGCUACUAAAGUUCUUUUUUUUUUUUUUUUAAUUGGAUUUGUUCUUCAGUUGCAAAACGCCCUUGUGAUUCGGUCCUACUGUGCCCCCUAGUGCUUUGACAUAACACUGCAAUCGAUUAUUCUGGAAAAAUAAUCUAUUUCAUAAAGUGCCAUUAUUAUUAUUGUUACUAUUGUUGUAAAUCCAGCCAUUUUUGUGUGGACAUGACCCAAACUAUUUCGAGCCAAUCUGAAAUCGAUAGAUUCACAAAAACAUUUUUUUUUUAGUUUCUGGAUGAAAUGCCAGAAUUUUGACUAUUCCCCCUAAUGUGUUUUUUCCAAAUUUGCAAUUUUGGUUUUUGAAAAAUAAUGACUUGCCCCCACUAAAUGCACAAAAAUCGCAAUUUUAGACAUUUUUAUAACUCCUCAUAGAAUCUAAGAUUAAGAUUUAAUUCGACCAUCAAGCACUCAAAGGGGGGGGGGGGCAAACACGCAUUUCUUUCUCUAAAUAUUCCAACAUUUUAUUUUUUUAAACACACCUGACUUUAUUUUGUAAUUCUGAUUGUAAUAUUUGCGGCGCUGAGCGUGGGCCAACGAAGCCGCCACUGAACACCCGGCGGGUCAGCCUGCCCUCAAUUUUGGACCUGAGGUCGGUCACGUGGUCAAGUGCUGUGAGUCACAUGAUUGUCGUUUUCUAACGUUUUGGAGAUAAGAGCGUUUUUUUUAAUCUUGUCAUUAUUCUUGUUCUAAUUGAUAUCCAGCGUGGAAAGUCAAGUGCCGUUCACGGGCUGGCCUUUUGCGCUGCGCACGCACACUGCGUUGCGGACAAUCACCACAUCAAGUCCAAGUCGAGUCGUCACUGAUUGUUCUUCUGUUUGCGGAGGUUUCUUUGCCGUUUAUUUGGCUCUGACAGAGAAGGGGAAAAAUGUGAAGGCAUAAGUGCUUAAAAAAGGGUUGAAAAGGCACACAUUCUUCUCUGUCCAUACAGAAAUGUAAAUAUGUUGAUUUAGCUUUUUAUUUAUGUUCUACGCUGUUGAUCAAUCCGUUUGUGGUUGGCGUUUAUUAACGAGAAAAUAUGACUUCUUACAAGUCUGACUUUAAUAAAACUGAAAAAAACAAAACAA